AUGGCGGCGCCCAGCGGGAGGAGCGGCUGGCGCUCAUGGGCCGCGCUGGUGCCCGCAGCCCUGCUGUGCCUGGCGGCCCGGGCGGCCGCGGAACCGGGCACGGCCCCGGGCGCGGUCCCGGGCACGGCCGAGUUCGACGUGCGGCCCGGCGGGGUGGUUCACUCCUUCUCACGGAGCCUGGGGGAUUACAGCUGCACCUUCACCUACUCGGCCCAGGGCGGCACAAACGAGCAGUGGCAGAUGAACGUUGGAGUGAGCGAGGACAACGGGCUCUUCUCCUGCUCCAUCUGGAGGCCCCAAGGGAAGUCUUAUCUCUUCUUUACGCAGUUUAAAGCUGAAGUGAAAGGAGCCAAGAUAGACUCUGCCGAGGCUUAUUCUCAGGCUGCUGUGGGUGCCCAGAGCGACAUCCCCUUAAAACAGGAAGAAUUUGAAAUCACUGAAACAACAGUGUCUCACAGGGAAGGCAAGUUCCGUUUCGAGCUGUCCAAACUCGUGAUUGUAGCAAAAACCCCCCGUGACGAGCUGUGAGCCCCAGGCCAGCCCGGGGCAGCGUGGCAGGGAAGGGAUUUCCUGGGGUUUUUUCUUUUGGCUGGCCAAACCUUUUCUGUUUUACUGAAACGUGCUGGGGACCGAGGCGCGUGGGGCUUGGGGCUGUGAGGACGGAUUUGUUGUGCCCUGUGUCAGAGAAACGCCGUGCUUUGCAGCUGGAAACCCCCCAGGAGCCUCCUGAUCCUCCCGUGGCCCUUCCUGCCUGGCUGAGCUGCUGAGCAGGGCAAAGCUCCCUGCAGAGGGGCUCCUUAUCUGGGAAGAGCAGAGCAGGGAGAUAAGGGUCUGGGUUUAAGAGGGGAAGUUGUUAACUCUGUAAUCUCUGGAGGGGAGAUGGGAUUUCUCUCUCCACCAGCGUGACAGGAGGAAAUAAUUUAGGGGGAGGGAGUUGCCAAAGCUCUGAUUGCAUGGCCGGUGCGUGGCUGGGGUGGAUCCAGAGCUGGGCUGGGAUGGUUUGGGUGGGGAAAGGCAGAGCAGCUUCUGACACAGCCAGGAAUCAAUCCAGGUGACGCUUCCACCUCUCACCACAACCACGGGACUGUUUUAUACCUGCAGAAAAGCGAUGGGUUUUUUUCUUAUCCAGAGUAAUAAACAGGGAACGUGCAAUUCCUUUCCUGUGUAAAUCCAGCACAAAUAAAGAAAUAAAGCAUCGUG